ACUUAUCGAGCUGUAAACAGCACUACAACAGGCUACGUGUGUAAAUGUCUGUUCUGGGCUUUAACCCUCUGUAGUAGUAAGAAGUCAACAGUCCACAGACUUUGGUAACUCUUGCUCUUUACGUCUCUCCUCCUUUUCAAACCAGGAAACUGCGGGCUCGCUUUCAACAGCAAGCUCGAGCGGAUGCUUGUCACCACUGAGAGCUACUUCUCCAACAAACAGAUGAUUUUAAUUUAAGCCUGGCCUUUUUUUAUUAUUAAACUGGACUGACCAGUUGAAGCCCUGAAAAUGAGUGAGGUGAGUAUGUGCCAGGCCCGGGCCACCGUUAUGAUGUAUGAUGACGCUGGGAAGCGCUGGGUCCCCGCUGGCUCUGGAGCUCAGGCGGUCAGCAGAGUGCACAUCUACCAAAAUCCCGGUAACAACACCUACAGAGUGGUGGGCCGCAAACUGCAGGCGGAUCAGCAGGUUGUUAUUAACUGCCCACUCAUCAAAGGCAUGAAGUAUAAUCAGGCCACUGCAAGCUUCCACCAGUGGCGUGAUGCACGACAGGUGUGGGGUCUGAACUUCAGCAGUAAGGAUGAAGCUGCACAGUUUGCUAGCUCCAUGAUGUACGCCCUGGAGAUGCUCAGUGGUGCACCAGCUCCUCCUCCGCCCGUGCAGAAUGGACCAAGCGUUGAAGAGCAGCAGAGAAUGGAGCGAGAAAGACAGGAGCGAGAAAGACAGGAGCGAGAGAGACAGGAACGAGAGAGACAGGAGCAGGAGAGACAGAGACAGGCUGCUGCUGCUCCUCCAGCUGCACCUCCGGCUCCUCCUCCAGCUCCAGCUGCAGCUCCUCCACCUCCUGGAGUCCCCCCUCCACCUGGACCCCCACCUCCUCCUGCACCCCCUCCCCCACCCUCAGGUGGUGCUCCACCUGCCCCACCACCCCCACCAUCAGGAGGAGGAGGUGGUGGAGGAGGUGCAGGAGCAGGACUAGCUUCAGCUCUUGCUGGGGCUAAACUCCGCAAAACAGCAAAGGAUGAGAGUGGAGGUCCUGCUCCUGCAGCAAAGGAGAGCAGCCCAAGCUCAGGAGGAGGAGGAGGUGGUGGUGGUGGAGGUGGUGGAGGAGGAGGAUUGAUGGGAGAAAUGAGUGCCAUCCUCGCAAGAAGACGGAAAGUUGCAGAUACUCCAGUGGCGAAGAAAGAAGAAACUACUACCGAUUCACCAUCCUCAGAUACCAAAUCAGAAGAACCCAUCAAAAAGCCUUGGGAGAAGUCUGGGACCAUACCAAGAAGUAACUCCGCUCCUAAGGGCCAGGAGAAGGGUCCUACUCCAGUCUCCAGUUCACUGAACAGGCAAAGGCCAGGCAGCAGCACAAGUGACUCUGGCUCUAAAGACUCCGGUGUGGAUAUGGAGAAGUUUAAGCAGGAGAUCCUAGAGGAGAUGCGUAAUGAACUUCAGAAAGUAAAGGAUGAAAUCAUUGGAGCCCUGGUGGAGGAGCUGCAGAAGUUAGGCUCCCCCUAGUGGAUGAAAUCACGCAUUGCAGUGAAAAAGUUGAAGCACUGUCAACACAGGAAGCUGCACAAACCAGGAAGCGAACCAGGCUUGUUACUAAUGUGUCUGUCAAACUACACAUAAAGAUGCAGAUUCAGCCCAAUAAAAAGAUGUUAUAAUUUUUUUCCCCAGCAGCUGCGCUUUAUCUAUGAUUUUUGAAAAUGUUCUCUAACACCUUCUCCUCUUUUGCAGUCUCUAGUUUUCUCAUAUUUUUUCUGAUUUACUGGAACUUUGGAAUGUUUCUUUUGUUAUACUUAUGCCUUAAAAAAGAGUCUAUUUUUUUAGCUUACGAUUUACUAAGUGCCUCUCGUUAUCAAUAAUAUAGAUUAGAUUUAGCAUACUGUACUAAUCCACACAUUCACAAAUACCACAUUAUUUAUUAAGAAUCCAUCUCUGAUUUCACCAGUAUUAUUUGUGUUUGUACUGAAAGGCUUUUCCAGGUGAAAGACUUAUGCAUGUUAUGAACGGUAGGAAUGUUAUCUUGUCCAGUAUUUUCUCUCAGGGAUUAGUGAAUGCCAGUAAAUGCAUAAUUUGUACAUUUAAACAUUUCAUUUGAUUUACAUUCUCCAGUGUCAAUAAUGAUUUCUGCAGUUGUGGGUGCUCUUAUUUGUUUCUUUGCAUCUUUUAUGCCCUUGUUUGUUUGUUUUUUACUGAAAUGCUUCUCCAAAGCAGAAUGUCUAUUGUUAUAUUAACUGGAAUGUACCGUGGUUUUAAAAUAAAUUUGGCAAACCUUUGAGGCAAAGAAUUAGUUUUCUUCAGAGUUUAAGAAACAACUAUUUAAAACUUAUAUGGAGCUCUGAAAUACAACCACU